AUGACUGUAAGGAAAAGAUUAAAAGGUUUUUCUAAAAACAAAAGAAGCUUGUUUAAAGAUGAAGAAGAAACGAAUUAUGGAAAAAUCGUUUUACUUGGCGACGCUGGCGUUGGAAAGACAUCUCUUAUUGACCGUAUGGCGAAUAAUUCUUUCACUGAACACUACAACCCAACUGCAAUUACGUCCAUAGUCAACGCAAAGAUUCUUAUUGGGCAAAAUGACCAAGUUAAUGAACAUUACACCUCUCGAAUCAAUCACAAUUUUAAUAUUUUAAACAAUAAAAACACUGCUAAAAGUAGUUUGGAAACAACACGAAUUAAAGGACACAAAGAUCGAUAUUGCUGCUUCCAAUUCGUUAACACCAACGCUGAUAUAACCCAUGUUGCACCUGUGACAUAUAGAGCCACCGUAGCAAAUGUAAAAGGUGUUAUUUUAGUGUGUGCUUUUGAUAAAAGCGAUAGUUUGAAGCAUCUUAAAGAAAUGUACAACAGUGUCCACUCUAUAACUGGCAAAGUAGACAUUCCUGUUGUUAUUGCAGCUAAUAAAUGUGAUUUAAAAAACACAAAAAUAUCAGUAGAUGAAAUUAUGAGAGUUGCAGAAGAGUUGGGUGUGGGUUACUGUAUGAUCAGUGCAGCUUCAUCGAAUGGUUGUGGAAAUUUAAUACAACUGUUAUUAAACGCCUUGCAAAGUAAAAGUGAAACUACUGAGGAUAUAUUUUAUAAAGAUAAAAAGAAAGACGAAAAUUGCGUCAUCAUGUAA